CAACGAGCUAGCUGAGGUCUUGACACUCUUUGGUUUCACUUUCACCUGCUCUUUGUCUUGAUACUCUUUGGCUUCUAAGGAUUCUACUUUGUGUGAAAUUGAAGACCAAAAAAUGCUAGGAAACUGUGACAACAACAACAACAACAUCAUCUCUUCCACCACUAACCAAUGGCCACAGAAUCAGAUAAUACUGGAUGAUCACAAAACCUUGAUGGCUUCAUCAUCAGCUAAUAAAGUCAUGGACGCCGACAAGCCUAAUCCAGGUGAUCAUCACCCCCACCCUCCUCUCAAGUGCCCUCGCUGCGAUUCCUCCAAUACCAAAUUCUGUUACUACAACAACUACAGCUUGUCUCAGCCUCGCCACUUCUGCAAAGCCUGCAAACGCUACUGGACCAGAGGCGGCACCCUCCGCAACGUCCCCGUUGGUGGCGGCUGCCGCAAGAACAAGCGCCCCAAGCGCCACUCCUCCUCCUCCGCUACCACCUCCUCCACCUCCCACCCCCAGAUAGAUCUUCCUCCACCUCCUUCCAACCAUAUCCAAAACCCUUUGUUUUACGGCCUUAAUAACCCUAAUCCACUCGAGCUCAACUUCCCCUUUUCCACUUUUAGGGUUUCCCCGCAAAUCAACAGCCUCGGCUUAGGGUUUUCACCCGAACCUCCCACCAACGGCUUCAAGCCUAUCCAAAACAACUCUAUCUUCUUCGGGUCUUCCUCAACAAUGGCGUCUUUGAUCCAAUAUGACGACCCGGGUAUAAUGGAUAAGCAAAUGAAAGCGGAAGGAGAGAAUAGAAUGGUUUGGAACCCAAACCCCAACCCGAACCAGAAUCCGAACCUCAACACAAACCCUAUCGAUCAGAUUAACUCAUCUGAUCCUUCUUCACUAGUUUGGAAUACAAGCAGCUUGGGAGCUUGGUUCGACCCUUCAACCAUCGGCUCCUCCGUUCAAUCUCUGAUCUAGAACCUUCCAUUCAUCUUCAUUUAAUCUCUCUCUUUAAUCAUUCAUUAACUGAUUGGGUGGUCUUUCAUUUUUAGGAAUAGCCUUCUUCUUCUUCUUCUUCUUCUUCUUUUUUUAAAUUUUUUUUUUCUUAAAUUCCGCUAUUGAUGAAGAAGGAGGGUAUUAGGAUCGGAGCGAUCAUGUCAGCAGCAAGAAAAUUCAGCCUGCUUUAUUUUUUUUACAUGGAAGGCUAUAUUGCGCUGAGAGGAACCUCGGAUCCUCUUCUUCUUGUCGGAAAAGGUUUCUUAUUCCAACACAUUGUUAUCACUUUGAUUUGAUGGGAUUAUGAAUAGGUAAACCUUAAUUUAUAUAUGUAUACAUAUUAUCGUCACAUUGGUUUUCUUCUUUUUUAUUGGUGUAUUUGUUUAGUUUGUGUAACAGGUUUUUGGAAUUGGGGUUUACUUUGGAUUAAUACAUUUACAUGUUGGAAAAUUGUUUGUAUUUCUUCAAGAAUUUGUUGAUUUUCGGUUUUGGGAACUGGUAUACAAGAGACAGAGAGAGAUUAAUAUUGUUGUUAUUUCA